ACGAAAAUGACAGCUGACAUAUUCCGACAUUCGAGAAAAACUGUGAAUGAGGUUAGGUUCAAGCUUGUAUUGUGAAUUUUGUUUAUCUUUAUAAGGAAGAGUGUCUAGAAUGAUGAUAAGAAACCUAAGAAGAAUCCCGUUGAAACAAAAUUACUGCCUUUUUAUUCAAAAGCAUACAUUUUUAACUAAUGACUACCAGUGUAAUGGUGCUUGGAGCGCUCAGGUUUCAGCGUCGGUGCUCAGCAAAGUCAAUCUUCAUGACUUUUUUAACACCGUGGACCAAAACUAUUCCACCAAAGGAGUCAUUAGCGCCAUAGAUGUGGAUGUGUUCGCCAAUUCUAUAAAGGAGCCGGUUUACCUUGACGAACUUAAAGAGCUUCUCCACAAGUUGAGAUUGUCUGCAGAAACCGGAAACACUUUGGAGUCUACUCAUCAUGCCACCAUCAGGAAUUACAUAGAGUUUGGCAAUAUUGAAGAUUUGGUAAAAAUAUUGCAGGAUCCUCUGAACUUUGGUGUAUUUCUUGAUGCAUAUACUGCAAAUAUAUUAUUAAACAAGUUAAUAACAGCACAAAAUUAUGAGCAAGCAGCUAAUGUUGCAUCCUUAGUGAUGCUCCAGGAAGAUUUUAGCAAUGAAAUUACUUGUACUCUCUGCCAGUAUGCUUGCUACAAAUACAUCUCUGGUUACAUUCCACCAGAGCCUACCCCUCCAGAAGAAAAACCAAAAAAAGUAGAAGAAGUGAAGAUAAGAAUCAAAUAUUUGAGAAAUCCAUAUUUUGAUGAUCACUUUGACAUCAAAGAUACUUUAAUAGCAUCUGGAAAGACACUAGCAUGGAUUUCUGAGAAAUCCAGUGACAAUCUUAACAACAACCUUCAAAUCAUUGGUCUGUUGGUGUAUAAAAAAUAUGACAAAUUACUGGCUCUGUGUGAAAAGCUUAGUAAAUCUUCAUUCAAGGCAUAUGCUGAAGUUCUUGAAGUACUUAAAAAGGGAUCUGAAACUGAUGCAGAAGCAAAACCAACAUUAGAGCAAUGUAUUUCUGUACUGAGCUCAGUUGGAACAGUUGAAACAUCUUUAGAAGACUCCUUGAAGAUUGCUAUUGAAAAUGCCAUCAAUAAGAACCAAAAUAAGGAUAUCGCUUCCCAGGAACAGCUAUUCAAGUCUUGGGUAGAAAUUCGAGAAAAUAAACUUCAAGAGCAAACAAAACGUCUUGAUAGAGCAAAACGGCUUGAGUUCAUCCAAAAAAGUCAGAACCAAAUGGCUGAGGAAGAGCAGAAAUUAUGGUUCUUUGAAAAUGAAGAAAAGAUUGAUCUACAAAUUGAAGAAAAAGAGAAGUUAGAGGAUAAAAGUGUAACUAAAAAGGAAGCGUUAGAGAAAUCAGAUGAAAAUUAUAUUCCACCUGAAAUAUUACCAAAACGCAGAUAAAAAGUAAUUGUCAAUUUAAUAUUGUAGUAUUUUUAAAAUUAUAUCUUUUAGUUCUAAACAUACUUUUUAUUAAAUAUAUUAUAUCAACCUUAA